AGUGAAUGGACGAUAAAAUAUAUUAUCCAGUCUAAAGCUCAUUCGAAAAUGUAAACAUAUCUUUUUUUUAUUUGGGUCAUGUCUUUUUUGGUUAUAAUACGGUUCAUACGGUGAAUCUGCUUCCGAUAUUGAGCGUAAUUAAAUGGUACUUGAAGCCAUUGAAGUGGAUAAAAGGUGUCCCAUGAAUGAACACAAUUAGUCACUGUCGGAUGACACAGACUGCGUCGACGGUAUAUCGAUUAUAAAAACGAUUGCGGCUGUGGGGUGGCGAAGAUACGCUAGUCUCAGUCAGGUAGUUGCAGAGGAAUGAGUGCGGGUCCAGCAGUAGAGAGGGUGGAUGGCCAUGUGGCGUUACCAACUGGCAGGAAGGUGUCCAUAGUCGGGGCGGGGUCUGUAGGGGUUGCCAUAGGGGUCUCCCUAUUGGCCAAGAACAUUGCCGAUCCGCUGGUCUUAAUCGAUGUGGAUGGAAACAAGGCACUCGGGGAGGUUCAGGAUAUGCAGCAUAGCUCAGCUUUCCUCCAAACCCAACAAAUUAUAGGAGGAAAUGAUUACAGCCUCACUGAAGGUUCCCAAAUAUGUAUUGUAACAGCCGGAGCUCGGCAGAAGCCAGGUCAGAGCAGAACUGACAUGUUGGAGGCAAAUAUUAAAAUCAUGAAGCAUAUUAUAACAGAGCUUGUUAAAUACAGCCCAGACGCUAUUAUUAUUAUUGUCAGUAACCCAGUCGAUGUUUUGACAUACGCUGCAUGGAAAAUCUCUGGGCUACCUCUUAAUCAAAUAUUUGGAUCUGGAACACAUUUAGACUCUUCAAGAUUUCAAUACUUCAUCGGGAAACUGUCUGGCUUUCCAGUGCAUCUUAUUAAAGCACAAAUACUUGGAGAGCAUGGAGCAUCAUGUGCACCUAUUUGGUCUGGAGUGAGUGUUGCUGGCCAUCCAAUAGAAAAAUUUGGAAAUUUAUUCACUGAAGAAAAUAAGAAAUUCGUUUUUGAGCAAGUUUUACAAAGCGUACCAGAACUACUGAGGUUAAAAGGUUACACGUCAACAGCAGUUGGAUUCGCUGUGGCCGACCAGGUUGAAUCAAUAUUAUUCAACAAAUCUAAAGCCAUUCCAGUAUCAACACUAGUCAAAGGUUUCUACGGAAUUGAAGAAGACGUCUUUCUCUCAUUACCUUGUUUGUUGGGAAACAGUGGAAUAUCGACAGUUCUACCUCCUGAUCUGAAUGAACAUGAAAAACAUCUCUUUAAAGCAUCAGCAGAUAAUAUGUUUAAAUAUCAACAAGAAAUUGAUGACUUCAUUAAUAAAUAGUACAUUGUGAUCUCUGUAAUUUAUGAAUUAAAUAUAUUAUUAUUCUCGCCUUAUGUAUUUUUUAGUUUAUUUUCAAUCAAAUGCAAG